UUUUGCAUUGCAAUGAAAGGCUUUGAAGAUGUGAGUGUGAAAUGAGUUGAAUGUUGCUCCCCGAAUGCAGAGCUUCAGGAGGCGGUGAAGUUGAGCUGCUGCCGGGUGAGAGUUGCCGGAGUCAGCUGACGCGCUUCAACAUGUCUCUGCUCAGAGGUGUAUUUAUUGUUGCUGCCAAACGGACUCCUUUUGGUACCUACGGAGGAAAGCUAAAGGACUACAGUGCUACAUAUUUAGCUGCACAUGCUGCAAAGGCCGCAUUAGCUGCUGGACAGGUCAACUAUGAACUUGUGGACAGCGUUAUAAUUGGCAAUGUAAUGCAGAGUUCUGCAGAUGCUGCCUACAUUGCAAGACACGUUGGACUACAAGCUGGAAUUCCACUUACUGUGCCAGCCUUAACUGUAAACAGACUCUGUGGAUCUGGCUUCCAGUCAAUCAUUAACGGAGCACAGGAAAUUUGCCUCAGAGAAUCUGAGGUUGUACUUUGUGGAGGAUCCGAAAAUAUGAGUCAGGCCCCUUACGCUGUCCGAAAUAUCCGAUUUGGCACAAAGCUUGGAAUUGAUAUCACGAUGGAGGACACCUUGUGGGCAGGACUGACCGAUCUCCACAUUCAAACUCCAAUGGGUAUCACAGCAGAAAAUCUUGCUGAACAGUAUGAAAUAAGCAGGGAAGAAUGUGAUGCAUAUGCAAUGAAGUCACAGCAGAGAUGGAAAGCUGCUCAUGAUGCCGGUUACUUCAAUGAAGAGAUGGCUCCCAUUGAUCUGAAAAUCAAGAAAGGAAAGGAAACUUUAGCACAGGAUGAACACCCUAGACCACAGACCACUGCAGAACAGAUGGCUAAGCUACCGACCGUGUUCAAGGCAAAAGGCACCGUCACGGCAGCAAAUGCUUCGGGAGUGUGCGAUGGUGCUGCUGCAGUGAUAUUGGCCAGUGAAGAAGCAGUCCAAAAACACAAGUUAACGCCAUUGGCCAGAAUAGUGGCUCAUCAUGUAUGUGGAUGUGAUCCAAGCAUUAUGGGAAUUGGUCCUGUGCCAGCAAUUGGUGGGGCCCUGGAGAAAGCAGGAUUAUCCUUAAAGGACAUGGAUCUAGUAGAGGUAAAUGAAGCAUUUGCUCCUCAGUAUUUGUCUGUGCAGAAAGCUUUAAAAUUGGAUCCUGAAAUUACCAACGUAAAUGGAGGUGCCAUAGCAUUAGGCCACCCAUUGGGGGCAUCAGGAAGCAGAAUAACAGCACAUCUAGUUCAUGAGCUGAGACGACGGGGAGGUAAAUAUGCAGUGGGUUCAGCUUGCAUUGGAGGUGGCCAAGGGAUCGCCCUUGUGAUCGAGAAUAUGAAGUAAAAUAACACCAAGAAUGUUCAGCUACAAGAUGAAAACCUCUUUAUCGAUGUUUGUGGCUGCCUUUAUUUUGGAGCAGCUGCUCUUGCUUCUGAUACUACACUAAGUUCAACUCAAUUUCCAUUCAAUAAUGUUACCUGACCAAAUACUCGGCAUUCCCAUUUUGGGUAAAAGAUUGGCACUAACUAAAAAUGAGCAGUCACUAAAAUAAAUUGACAUUUUACUCAUACGUGCAAAAAAUCUGGAAAUUCUGUAGAAAGCACAUCACUAUUCUGGAAUACCAAAGCACUGCUAACCCUGCUUAUUAUUUUUGCUAUUUUAGUUUAUUUUUAAUAACUACAAACAUUUCCUUGACCCCCUGGUCUUACAAAAUAUAUCUUCUCCUGCUGUUGUGUAUGGACUUCCAGACCACAAGAUGUUGGACAACCAAAGCCAUAUUUUUAGAUUGCUAAGAGAAAUUCUUCACAAAUAACCAAAAUUCAAUUUUAAAAAUAAGGAAGUCAUGAGUAAGGGUAGAACAUGGCUUUUUUUGGCUAGAACUCUUGGGCCAUCGGGUACAGGAAAAUAUUGAUGUAAAACCUGUGAUGGAUUUAAGAAAUAAUUAUGAUUUAAUGUUUGGAAAAAGGAAUGAUUGUGAAAUAUACUUGAGGUUAACUGAAAUAUAGAAACGUAGAUACUUUAGAUAUGAUGGUCUUUUCCUAAUUUUAAAGUUGAUUAUGUUUGUAUGUUCCAAGCUUCCCAUUUUUCUUGUUCUUUGCCUGUAACCAGACACUGAGUCAGUAUUUCUGCCAGGAAUUGGCUGAAGUAAUUGCAUAAUGGUUUACUGUCUUGGACCUCAAAUGCAUAAUCAUCUAUUUAGGGAAGCUAACACUGUGAUAACUAAAUCUGCAAGGUUUGUUUUCAAACCACAAUGAAUGUUAUGCAAACUGCUCAUAUGAAACUAGAUUAAAUAUCUUCCUUCUUGUCCCCAUAGCAUUAUUUUAGCAUUGCAAAUACUCUUGCAUUUCUAAGUUUACUAAAAUUAUCAAACCAAAUUUCUGCCACCAAAGAUUUCUCUUUAACUAAUUUGAUGUGAUAUAAUUUUCACUUCUGAAAAAUAGGUGCAGGAAGCUCAUAAACGCAUUUAAUUCCUAAGUACAUCAUGUCAGCGAGCAGAAAUCAGGUUUGAGACGAGUCCUCUGUUCAUCUGUGAUUAUAUUUUGGUUUGAAUAGUUUGCUCUUUGAGUAUUAUUAGUAAAGCAGUUUAAUAAAUUGCUUUCCGCAAAAUAAGACGAAAAGACAUAGGAGCAGUAUUAGGCCCAUCGAGACUGCUCUGCUAUUUUUCCCUCUCAGUCCACUGGAAAGUUAGGGUGCCUAUAAAAAAUGAUUUGGGACUUCUUUUCAUUCAAUCAUUAACGGGCCUGCCCCACUGUACAAGCUAAUUCAAGAGUUCUUCCGAGUUUCCCCUGAUUCGAACUCGGAGAAUUACGGGAAUAGCCGCUCGUAGGUACUUGGGGCUCACGUGGACAUUUUUCACCAUGUUGAAAAAUCUUCACGAGCUUACCGCGUUUCCCGACUACCUGCCGUUAGCGUUAAGAGCCGCUAAGAGACGUCCCGAGCUCCGACGUACCCGCUACGUACAUUCUACGUGCAUACCGCGAGUUUGUUUUUUUUAAACUCGGGAGAGCUCUUGAAUUACCUCGUACAGUGGGGCAGGCCCUUAAGCAUAAUCCCUAGGUAAGGAUGGGUGAUGAGGAUUUGUUCCAGAGCUCCAUUCCUGGUUUGUAUUAAGGUAGGCUCUGGCAUAAAAAAAAUAUGAACAGAAAGAAAAACUCCAAGAAAGUCGCUAUGCUGCUUAUUAUUUGAUGAUAUUUGUAGGAAACUGUAAUUAUAGAACAGUUCAUGGCAAAACCCUUAAACCUCUAGCACCCAGUGUAUCCCAAAGCCUGGGUCACUAGCAAAGUCAAAGUAGACAUGGUAGAUGAAAUCACCAAGAAUUCCCUGCUGGACGACAGUUUAAUAAACAAAUUCUGGUGCCCUACUGUUUUGAUCUCCGGGAUCUCUUUGGUGCGUGGCACUUCCAUAGAUAUCAGCUGAUAUGAAACAUUCACUCGAUAACGGAGGUACAGCAGUUUCUGGAAUCUCUAUAAUUUGGAUACUCUCCAAAUUACUAUAAACUCUUGAAUGCAAAUUAAUCUUAGGACUGUCACGCCUAAAUUUAUAUAUUUUUAAAUUGAAUUUGGUGGAAUUUUCUUUUUGGGAUGCUCAGGAUUUUCUUGUUAUAAUUCUGACACUUUAUUUAGUAAUAAGGUGGAAACUUUUUACAGCACUUUUCAAAUAUGAAAUGUAAAACUGGAUAAUGGCAAAUUGGUCAUGGAAAUCUCGAUAAUUAUGCACAAAUAUCUUUCUUUUCAAAAACCUGAUAGUUUCAUGUAUGUUUGUGUUGCCAUAUCAGUUCUGAGAAAGCACUUAUAAUAUCACAUUGUUUCUGAAUGCCAUUCAAUGGAGAUGCCUUUGUAGGCAAGAAAUACCAAAAUACAAAAAUAAGUAGCGUUGCAUCGCCUAUACAUUUAUCUCCAAGAAACAAAAUUUGCCACAUCACUCCUGAAGGAGGGCAUUUGUAUGUUUCUGACAUCUUCUAUACAGUAAUCGCUGACAGUAGUUUCUGAAGGUGGUUUAGUUGAACUCUACUAAUAUCCAUGGUCUGAUCAACACAGAAUAAGAAGGGGCACCUUUUAACUAAUGAACAUUGGAAAAAAUCCAUCAUUUCCUUUUAUUGCUGAAAAUUGUGCAUGAGACAAUAUUGCUUUUACCUGUUUUUUACCAUAAUUUUGUAACAAAUAUAUCCGUAUAAACAAUGAAUCGUGCCUUAAAUAUGUUGAUCUACUUUUGAUGCUACAAUGGAAAAUAAAUUGUUAUUUUUUGCCAUUUUGAAUUUCUUGCAUGUAAUAUGCAUAAUAAAAAUAAAAUGUCAUUAUUAUUUU